AUGAACUCUCAAGCCAUACCACCGCCCAUCAAUGGCCAGCCUCCGCCUCCGGUCUCUGAUGAUGGAUUCCCAAUGCUAGCUGUCGCGGCACUAGGCAUCACAGCCACGGCCUUCCUGCUCGUGAGCUACUACAUCUUCGUCACCAAGUGCUGCUUCCGGUGGCACCUUAUCGACCCCUUGAGGCGCUUCCCCACCCAGAGGGCGCGCCUCAAUGAGGAUCCACCAGCAUCCUACUCCCCCGAAUCGUGGCAGAGCCGCGGCCUCAACGAGCUUCUCAUCCGAGAAAUCCCAACAUUCCAAUACAGCAAGCAGCAGGGAGAGAGCAGCAGCAUCUCCAAAUGUGUGGUCUGUCUCAAUGAGUUUCAAGAAAGCGACAUGCUAAGGCUUCUGCCCAAAUGCAGCCACGCGUUCCAUCUCGACUGCAUCGAUGUAUGGCUGCUCAGCAACUCCAACUGCCCGUUGUGCAGGUCAGCAAUCUCAGGCAGGAACCGGUACAAGAUAGAGAGGAUCGUUGCGCCAAACUCCUCCCCUCAAGAACCACGGCCAGCUGUGGGCUCCAUCUUCGGAGGUGAUGAAGAGUUUCUGGAGAUUGUAAUAAGUGGAGAGGAUGGAGCUACCUUGUCUGAAAACAGACAGCACGAGAGAGGCGAUUCGAGCAGGUUCUUGGUGCAGCAAUCUAGAAGCAAUCAUUCUUCAAGAAAGUUUGGCAAGUCCAAGCAUAGAAAAGCUCGCCACGGUUCAAUCAUGGGAGAUGAAGUCAUCAACUUGGGAGUGAAAGAUGAUCAAUUCCGCAUCCAACCUAUCAGAAGAUCCUUCUCGAUGGACUCUGCAGCAGACCGCUGCAUUUACCUGUCUGUUCAGGAGAUUCUGCGGCAGAACAGGCAAGCUGGUGAGGCUCCGAGCAAUGAAGAGGGCGGCAGCAGAAGCCGGAGAUCCAUCUUCUCCUUCGGACAUGGAAGAGGGUCAAGAAAUGCAAUUCUUCCCUAUUGAGACCCAACUAAGUAUAUCACAGAAAAUCCAAACUUAAUAUGUUUUGUUUUGUAUUUUUGACUAGGAUAGGAGAUUUUUCAGAUUGUAGGAAACAGCAUUCUUUAGAGAAAUGAAAUUUUUAUUAAACAGUUACAGAGAUACACAAGAAUGAGAAUUACAUAAUUCUUCAUGA